CUCCGAGUAUCGCCCAGGAGGGAGGAACCUGAACGCACCAAGCAGGUGUAAGUUCAGACAUGUUUCGAAACACCGAGCCUGAAGCAGACUGUUACAUGGUUCGUCAAGCCGGGGCAGGUCCUCCCUCCAGCUUCCAGGGAGGCGUGCUACGAAGGAAGCCCAAGAAUCAUAAAAGAGCUAACUAUGUCCAUUCGUGUUCAGACCUGACAUCUCCACUGUGCCUCAACGCUCAGACAAAGACAACUCGGAUGGCGUACUCCACCGGUACUCUGGCACAAGGAUGCUUCGGCAAGGUUUACCGGGAGAAGUACGACGACACCUGGGCCGCCAUCAAGAAGGUUCCCCAGCACCUCAUAAGCAGGAAGGAUCUGGAGAGAGAGUGUGACGUGUACAACAAAGCCAACCACCCGAACAUUGUGAAGCUGUUGGGCAACAUCAACCUGAAAGAUGGCAAAUGGAUCAUUCCGCUGGAGUUCAUCUUUGGAGAGGACCUGGAGACCACCAUCUUCAAGGCGGCCAAGUCCAAAAUACAGCUGACACCAACAAAUCGAGGCAAAAUCAUCGUAGGCAUGUGUGAGGGGCUCCUGCAUCUUCACUCUAAAGACAUCGUCCAUCAAGACCUCAAGCCCGAAAACAUCAUGGUGGAACACAACACCAACCGAGCCGUGAUCAUCGACCUGGGCCUGGCGAAGUUUUUCCGACGCGGCCUCAACUCGGCCGUGGACAUGGGUAACGAAGCCUACUCGGCCCCCGAGGUUCUGCAGCGCCACAGCCAGCGGGACCAGCGCUCGGACGUGUGGGCCAUGGGCAAGAUCAUUGCAGAACUUUGCGCCCGCAUCCGACUGCAUACCCCCAGCGUGUGCCCGGACAAAAUCCGGGAGGUGAUGCACAACCAGCCCUACUGCCAGGCCGUGUGCAGGAUGGUGGAGACCAACCCCACCCUGAGGGCCUCUAUGGUGGGCGUCAUCAUAGACAUAAGGAGGGCGGGCGGAGGUCAGGGACACCUCGCCCCGUCGCCGAAUCAGAUCAGGAAUCGAUCAGCGUCGCCAGGUCGGAGAGGAGCGUCUCCCUUCAACAGAGAUAGGCGAGCUCACUCACCAAUGAACAGGCGUGGAUCCCCACUGGAGUGGGAGCGCAACCCUCGACCGGGGAUUCAACUCGUCCAGCACCGCGCCAGACAACCCCGCUCGGUCUCCCCGCAGAAGACCCAAGCGCUGGUCCCAGCAGGCGGUAGAGGUGGCGUUGGUGGUGCACGUGACCUGACCAAAGACAUGAUGAAGAUGGGCUUGUACCAGGAGGCCAACCGGGAUCUGCCGCACCACCUGCCCGCCAACGGCCGGGUGAUGGUGCGCCGCUUCGAGGAAAAAAACGGCGAGGUUGAAACGUGGGCGCAAAAGGAGGUGGUGAUGCGUGACGGCAAGAUCGUCAAGUACAAGGAUGUCACCUUCAACAGUUCAUAAUCAGAAUCCAUCUCAGGUGAGCUGGGGAUACAGUGAUCCGGCGCUUUAUUGCGGAUGGUUUGCGCCCUUGCCCCCUUUGGGGCUCUCUGAGCGAUUGCGCUUUAUUCAUUUUAGAUUAUACAGGCAAGUCCGAAUUUAGUUUUGCUCCACAAGUGUGGCACCGCAUUGCCCAACAUGCCGGGCAGCACUCGGCUACACUGGAAAGAUACACAGUAAUUAAGAACAGGAAAAGGAGGCAGAGAAGGUGGUCUGUGUUCCACAAAGCAGAAAGAAUCCAGUAUAUGCUUCUGUGUUUGUAGUAUGAUGUCUGUAUAUGUUGUUGCUCAGCGUUGAAGGAGUUGUUUGAAAGUUUUAUAACUACCUACAGUUAUCCCAUUCUAUGAGGUUUCACAUUAUGUUAGCAUUUAGCUAGCAGACUUUUGUUGGACAAAUGGUUGAACAGUUCAGUGCAAAUAAACAUUUUAAUUUCCUUCCAUCCAAUGGGCCACUCCAGAUUUUAGGGCACAGCACUCCAUGGGGGCAACACUAACGGGAUAGGGACCGUGGCACCCAGUCGGGGAUCUGGCAGUCAAACUCACAGUGCUUGAGGGAUUAUCCAAUACGUUUAUGACGGGGUGGGGGCAUCUCUUGUACCCAGGAGCUGCCCCCUGGAGUGCCACCCUGUUGGGCACACCUGUCGGCCCUCCAUCCGUUGGCCAGGGUGGGCGUUGACUACAGUGGCUGGAUCUACUGAUCGAGAGGGAUGUGUCACAUCCCCGUGGGUGGGUAGCACAGUGCGUGUGACAGAAGAUGGGGGUGGUGGUUGGCCAAGGGGGCAACAGCGGGUCCCUACGUUCUCUUCCAGGGUUCCAGUUUUUGGGGUGCUGCUGUUGGGCCUUGAGUUUGCCUGGGGGACCGCUUGGUCUCUCUUGGCACAGAUGGCGUCCUAUCUAUGGUACAAUCGUCUCCUUUUGUUGUGACAUUUAUGUUGAAUGCGAUUGUGUCAGUUUACUUGCAUGUGGCUGCAAGCAGACCCCUGAAAUUCCGUUGCUGGGUGUGGGACCACUCAACUCAUUUACCAUGAAUAAGGUGAGGAAUAAUGUAAACUGUUUAAAGCAGGAGUACAACUAUAAAAUGAUGGCCUCUCUCAGUUUUUUUUCCAUUUCUUGUUGGAUCUGAACCAUAUCCUCGACAAGAAACAGGAGGUCAGUGUGUUCGGCCUUUUGGGUCAUCAUAUAAUAUGGCACCAGACCCUCACCCAUUAUAGGGCUUUUGGGUAAAACUUUAGCCUCAUCUCGAAAUUUCCCCCUACACCUUAAUAUCCCCAACUUUGUGAGCAGUGUUUUAUGUUUGCACGUGCAACCACAACGACUGUUGACCCUCUGGGGAGAGCAAAUACAAGCUUGUGAAUAAGCACACCUGAGCACAUGUUGGAUGACAGCCCAAAUGGGACAGCUGGAAAAGGCUUUUGAGUCAUUUCCAGACCUGCGAAUUCGAGACCCGUGACUGUGAAGUAGGCAUAAGCGUUAUUUACGAGGAAAAAUAUAAAAUAUUGCUUUUUAUAAUUUUACUCAUGUUGUACUGUUUUUUUUUUUUUCAGGGUGGGGGGGAUGAUUUCACUACAGUAAAUUCAAAGUACUUGAACCCUCGUUUGUUUCUUGGGAACAUUUUCAUGGUUGGAUCAGCAUAACUUGCUGCAUGUUAAAAAAAAAAAAAAAUCCCCUGCUUUUUUUUUUUUUUUUAAAAAACAGUCUUGCCCCCCUUUUUUCCUUGUGUCCACUGCAAUACCUUAUUAAUCAAAUAUUGAAAAAAAAAUGUACCUAUUUUGAAAAUGUGAACUCACACUUGGGCCUCACACCACAGAGCUAGCUUGGUGGAUACUACAUGUACAGAAAAAUGGACAUCAACUAGGAAAUUUUAACCACUGGGAACGCCCUCACAUUCAUUGCUGCACAUUCUCGAACUCACUUAUUUGACUUUUUUUUGGGGGGGGAAUAACCCAUUCUGUUAUUUACUUAAUUUUUUUAGGGCAGUUUUUGUGGUCAGUUCAAAACAAGAAAAGCAUUGUUUUUGGCAACAUCUGGUGCCAAAACACUACAUUGAAUUAGUAUGGGAGUAUGGGGGGAUUCAUUUAGACAAAAGUAGCGCUUUACCACCAUAUAUAUAUUUAUAUAUAUAUAUAUAUAUAUAUAUAUAUAGGAAGGGGGUUUCAAUGGAUUUAUUUUCGCAGUCGGGCUAAGUUCCCAUGCUGUACAUCAGAGCAUAACUCACCCUGGUGUUGAAACAGGAGUUCAGAACAUUCAGAUAGGGAUAUCACUUGCUCCCAAAUUGUGGCAUGCACUAUACCUUAAGAAAUGCCUGUUCAGUUGACCAAAAAAAACCGUCAGAACUGUGAGGCCAACACUUCACAGCUGAUCCACAGUGCCGCUGUUGGUAUUUCAGUAAGACUUUUUUUUUUUAUUUGCUUCAGAUUGAGUUUAUUCUCAUUUUAACUAUAAAAUGUGAUUGUGCAUUUUAGUAAUUGUAAAUUUUAAGAAUGUGAAGCACAGAGUCCUCUGUGAAAAGCAUAAAUAAAAUUUCCUUAUUUGUUUGUCA